AUGUCUUUCAGGCAAGUCUGCCAGAGUGACGUGUAAUUUAUUGGACUGGUUCUUUCACCAACAGCUCGACGUUUGUCACUAGUUACCACGGUCACAAAGUCAUAAUUAUUACUAAAACCUUGCCUAUUUCUUCAACUUCUCUUCUUAAAAUCUGCUAACGUCAUUCCUAACCCUUCCAUUUUAAGUUAAAAGACUGAAAAGCAAAUGUUUGUUUUCAUCAUUUUUUUUUACCAUAGCCAAUGCCUUCUUUGUGGCUGUGGUAACUAAUGACAACCCAGGUCGGCAGACACGUUGUUUUAUAUUUCAAUGAAAAAUGGUCAACCACCUCGGUCGCCUAAACAUUGACUCAUUCAUGUAUAAUAGCCACUGUAGUUUAAACACACUUCUGUCGUCCAGCUAGUUAUCCCAUUCAAUUUAAUAUUUACUACGGUGUUAGUUAGCUGACAACCCGGAAUAUGAGUUCACUAUGCUGUUCACCUCCCGCUAAAGAAUCUCUGUGGCUGAAUGUUGUCGUGAAAGAGGAGAAGGAAGAGGAGUCUGUUACAGUGAAACAAGAAGUAGAGGGUGAGUCUGUUACAGUGAAACAAGAAGAAGACGCUUUCAGAGUGAAAGAGGAAGAGGAGGAUGAAGUUUUUGCAGUGAAAGAGGAGGAAGGAGAGAUGACUGUCACAUCGAAAGAAGAACAAGAAGAGGAGAAGAUAAGAGAUCUGAUUAACACCAAGUCCCCGGGUCGUACCUCUUCUGGUGUCACCUUACUGCUGGGUCUGAAGAGGGUGUCUGUGAGGCUGGUGGACUGCAGGAAAAUACUGAGGCUGAGUGGAACUACAAGAGGAGGACAAGAGGAGGAAGAGGGAGAUUUGACACAUCAAAGAGAGAGACGUGACUAUCGUGGAUCCUCUGGAGAGCCUCAACAACCUCAUGACGCUGACGAGGCAGAGAAGAGUCUCUCCAGAGAAAGAAUCCACACAGGAGAAAAGCCAUACCACUGCUCUCAGUGUGGAAUGACUUUCUCUGAAUCACAUUCAUUGAAAUCACACCUUAGAAUUCACACAGGAAAUACAUCUUAUGGCUGUGAUCAAUUUGGGAAGAGAUUUACUAAGCCAAGCAACAUGAAAUCACACCAACAGACACAACAGACACACACUGGAGAGAAACCUUACCACUGUUCAGAUUGUGGGAAAAGCUUUUCAACUGCAAAGUAUUUGAAGCUGCACCAGCGGAUACACACAGGACUGAAGCCUUAUAGCUGUGAUCUAUGUGGGAAGAGAUUCCUUCGGUUAGUCCACCUGAAUGUACACAAGAGAAUACACACUGGGGAAAAACCAUACCACUGCCCCGACUGUGGGAGUAAUUUUGUUCAUUCAAGUAGUCUGAAAACACACCAGCUGGCACACAAAGGACAGAAGCCAAAACCUUACCACUGCUCCGACUGUGAGAAGAGCUUUUCAACAUCACAUUAUUUAAAGCGGCACCAGAGAACACAUACUGGAGAGAAGCCGUAUGGUUGUGAUUGGUGUGAGAAGAGAUAUGCUUUCACAAGUAGCCUGAGUUAUCAUAAACAGACACACACUGGAGAGAAACCUUACCACUGUUCAGAUUGUGGGAAAAGCUUUUCAACAUCACAUUAUUUAAAGCGGCACCAGAGAACACAUACUGGAGAGAAGCCGUAUGUCAUUCAAGUUCUCUGAUUUACAUUUUUAAAAGAUACACACAGGAGAUCUACAUGACCUCCAACACCAGACCUGGGUAGUAGAACACAGAGUGUGGAAUGAUCUCCAACACCAGACCUGGGUAGUAGAUCACAGAGUGUGGAAUGAUCUCCAACACCAGACCUGGGUUGUAGAACACAGAGUGGAAUGGCGCCGGAGAAGAAGGCCCCCAACCGAUUGUGUUUUUUUUAUUGUUUAUUUGCAUUGUUUGUAACUCUUUUUAAUGUUGCCUCAGAGUGGAAUGGCGCCGGAGAAGAAGGCCCCCAACCAAUUGUGUUUUUUUUAUUGUUUAUUUGCAUUGUUUGUAACUCUUUUUAAUGUUGCCUCAGAGUGGAAUGGUGCCGGAGAAGAAGGCCCCGAACCGAUUGUGUUUUUUUAAAUUGUUUAUUUGCAUUAAACUACCAACGAGAUUAAACUACCAACGGGAUUAAACUACCAACGGGAUUAAACUACCAACGGGACAUUAAAAACUGUAAUAUCUUAUGCUUCACUGAGUCGUGGCUGAAUGACGACACUAUCAACAUACAGCUGGUUAUACACUGCACCGGCUGGAUAGAACAUACAGCGUCUGGUAAGACAAGGGGCGGGGGACUAUGUAUUUUUGUAAACAACUGCACUAUAUCUUAGGAAGUCUCGAGCUAUUGCUGGUCUGAG